AUGGAGUCCCUCUUGCGCCAGUCUCGGGCUAUGUGCCCCUUCUUGAAGAAGACUUCUCCUGCGACCCUGAGGUCUCUUUCGACCUCCACAGCCCACAAUGCUUCUCCGGGCGGUGGAAGCAUGUCCAAUCUGCAGCUUCUCGGCCGCCGUUGUCCUAUAAUGGGCAAGGCGCUCGCUGUACAAAGCGCCAAGAACACGAAUGCUCUGCUCGCUGGGACUUACGGUGGCAUGCGAGCCUACCACUCCAAGGUCGGCCGUGCCAAAUUGCACACCAGCUCUCCAAAGGAAGCGCAGGCUGUCGAUAUCCGUGUGGCGAGGCAUGAUAAAGUGCCUUAUCCGCAAUCCGUCAAGUCUGCUGCGGUGCAGCAGACCACGCAGCAAUCCGGACCUCCACCGAGCCCGCAACCUGUCAAAUUCGACUAUGAGCGAUUCUACCAGACUGAAUUGGACAAGAAGCACAAGGACAAGUCCUACCGCUACUUCAACAACAUCAACCGUCUUGCGCAAGAGUUUCCACGCGCUCACAUGGCAGACAAAGACGCAAGAGUGACGGUGUGGUGCUCAAACGACUAUCUAGGCAUGGGACGCAACCCACAAGUCUUGAAGAAGAUGCAUGAGACAUUGGACAAGUAUGGUUCUGGUGCUGGGGGUACCCGAAACAUUUCAGGUCAUAAUCAGCACGCUAUGAGCCUUGAAAAGACUGUUGCAGACCUACAUGCAAAGGAAGCCGCCUUGGUAUUUUCAUCGUGCUAUGUUGCAAACGAUGCCACGCUGGCGACGCUCGGCAGCAAAUUCCCAGACUGCGUUAUCCUUUCCGACUCGCUGAACCACGCGUCCAUGAUUCAAGGCAUUCGCCACUCUGGCGCCAAGAAGUUGGUGUUUAGGCAUAAUGAUGUUGAAGAUUUGGAGGCCAAACUGGCUUCACUUCCUCCAGAUGUUCCUAAGAUCAUUGCUUUUGAAAGUGUUUACAGCAUGUGUGGUUCUGUCGGGCCGAUCGAGGAGAUCUGUGACCUAGCAGAGAAGUAUGGUGCCAUAACCUUUUUGGACGAGGUUCACGCCGUUGGUAUGUAUGGAGCAAAGGGGGCUGGUGUCGCAGAACAUUUGGAUUUCGAGGCGCACGCUGCUGGAAAGCCAAAGGGCACCGUCAUGGACCGUAUCGAUAUUAUCACAGGAACCCUCGGAAAAGCAUACGGCUGCGUCGGCGGCUACAUCGCUGGCUCUGCCAGAAUGGUCGACGCUGUUCGGUCCCUCGCACCUGGCUUCAUUUUUACCACUUCGCUUCCUCCGGCGACCAUGGCUGGAGCCCAAGCUGCAAUUGAGUAUCAAAUGAACUACCAAGGAGACCGACGUCUGCAACAGUUACAUACACGUGCAGUUAAGGAUGCUUUUGAGGCCAAGGACAUCCCUGUCAUUCCAAACCCAAGCCACAUCGUUCCACUUCUAGUCGGUAAUGCUGAGGUCGCUAAGCAAGCCAGCGAUAUGCUACUCGAGGAACAUGGUAUUUACGUCCAAGCGAUCAACUACCCAACCGUUCCCGUCGGCCAGGAGCGACUCCGCAUCACUCCCACUCCUGGCCACAUCCGCGAAUACCGAAAUGAAUUAGUUGAUGCUGUCGAGGCAGUUUGGGACAAAUUGGGCAUCAAGCGUACCAGCGAUUGGGCAAAGGAAGGAGGCUUCAUCGGCGUAGGAGAAGCCGAGAAGGUGGUUCCAGAGCCUCUCUGGACUGACGAGCAGCUCGGUAUUGACAAGGUUCUGAAGGAGAUGAGUGCCGGUGGCGCUGUCGGCGUUCUCGAGACUGUUCUUGAGAAUGAGCGUGUUGAAGCUGCGAAGCUUGUUUCAGCUGCUGCUUAA